AUGGUUCCCUCUUCACUUGACCCAGAAAAGCCCACAAAAUCAUGCAAGUCAAGAGGUUCAAAUCUUCGUGUUCACUUUAAGAACACUCGUGAAACUGCCCAGGCCAUUAAGGGUAUGCAUAUCCGAAAAGCUACCAAGUAUCUGAAGGAUGGCACUUUAAAGAGGCAACGUGUGCCAUUCCGUCGUUACAAUGGUGGAGUUGGUAGGUGUGCCCAGGCCAAACAGUGGGGCUGGACGCAGUGUCGGUGGCCCAGAAGGAGUGCUGAAUUUUUACUGAACAUGCUCAAAAAUGCAGAGAGUAAUGCUGAUCUUAAGGGCUUAGAUGUAGAUUCUCUGGUCAUUAAGUACAUCCAGGUGAACAAAGCCCCCAAGAUGCGGCGCAGGACUUACAGAGCUUGUGGUUGGAUCAACCCAUACAUGAGCUCUCCCUGCCACAUUGAGAUGAUCCUUACUGAAAAAGAACAGAUUGUUCCUAAACCAGAAAAGGAGGUUGCCCAGAAGAAGAUAUCCCAGAAGAAACUGAAGAAACAAAAACUUAUGGCCCAGGAAUAA